AUGAACGGACCUCCUCCAGACCCCAGUCUCUCGGCAAUCAUCAACGCCUUGAUUUCUGGAUUUGAUGCCCUGCUAUCCGGCGUGCGUGCGCACAUCGAGAACGAGAAGGCCUUGAAGCAGAGGCUCGAGUUUGCGGCAAAUGAGUAUGACAAGGUCCUAGCUGCCGACAGCACUCUCUCGGCCUCCUCCAUUGCACCGAGCGAAGCCGUCCGCAAAUUCCGCCAACUUCCUCCCAUCGACACAGACGUCGAAUUCUCCCUGCCUGUCCGCGAAGCGCAGCAAGCCAUACAAACCUACAAGAUGUCCAAGAUACACGGACCUCAGACCAACGGGGCACGAUGUCCAAUAGCUCACCGGAAUGGUGACCCCGAGGAUCUUGAACGAGAUUUUACGACCCCUGGUGUCAAGGGGACAUUGGGAUGUCCCUUUGCGAAGAUGCGCAAUGGACCUACCUCGUCCGCUCACGAUGAUCCUAUAGCGGCAGAAUUCCACCAAGACACCCAUUCAGCACGUUCGCCAAAUACGGAACAACGCCCGGGUCAAUGCCCUAUCCGUUUCCUCGAUCAACACUCUCCGGAAGAAAUUGCAAAAUACGUUGAGAAUCACAAGCACGAAAUUCCCCGAAGUCACGAAAUCUGCGUGCGACGAUAUCAGGGCAAUGAAAGCAGUGCCCGACAGUUGGACGCCAAGUAUGGGAAUUUGGUGAACAUGAUUCAAGGCCUGGGAGUCAAACAUAAAGCAUAUCUACCCGAGCGAGACAGGAUCGAAGAACAGUCGACUCAGGCAGUGGAGAAAUGGGCCGAGACUAUCAGCGAAGUUGCCCCUGUCGCUCCAGCCCCAGCUCAGAACGACGUGGUCGCUGAUGAAGAGCCGCGAAUAUCACACUUUGACAAACCACUGCGAGAAGUCCGGGUCGGCGAAUCCCCUAGUCGGCCAUGGGGGAUCUCAGUACCCCCGGACAAAGAACCCACACCCAGUGCCUUGGAGGAAGAUGAUGUGGCACAUCUGAAGGUUCACGCUGCGAGUUCCCAGGCUGCUCCGGCGCCGUCUCGCCAUGAUGAUCCGCAUGAGCAAAGUCAGAAGCCGUCUCCACCAAAGAGACAGACAGGCGACACGGUUGAGAUCAGAGAACCCCGAACCCAAAUCAUCUUCAAUGGGCCCGUCUUCUUCGGAUAUUCGGCCGAGGCUGUGGCAGCUUUGUUGCAGACUACUCAGCUCGGUAACAUGAAGGCUGGUGGCGGAUAG